AGAUCAGUGGCUGAUCCGAACAAAGAGGAUGGUGGCGUAGUGAAGCGGCGAGGUACUGUACAGCGUACUGCAGUCUACUAGUACUAGUACUAGAAACCAACAUAAAUGAGGGACCUGCGCCCUCCAACUCGGCCGUUGCCUGCGUCACAACUUCACUCACGGAUCACCAUAUUGCUUCCACCAACCGUCCAAAACAGCUACAGCUAUCCUUUUUGCGGCGUAUCACCACCCUCCUACAAUAACAAUAUUCCUGACUGGAAAGCUGCCCUACCUCAGCUCUGGUCUUGAUCUCCAAUCUGUCGCUCGCUCAGCCUCAGACAAUGAACCCUAUCACUAUCUUUUCUUCCCAAUUCGCUACACAGUAUACAGCUCAACAGCCGCGACAACAAUAUCCAAAGCUCUUCGCUCUUCCUCACCGUAAACGGACGAGAUAGGCAAACGUUGACCUUAUAUCACCGUUUGUUAGCCUUCUUUUACUACUAGUCCACCUUUGACUUCGAGCGAUUUCACUAUUUCUACCAAGGUCGACGGGCUGCCAAUUCAUCAAGCCCGGUGAAAACACCAAACAAUGUCUGCUACCACAACCACACCUCAACAACAACCUACAAAAGCUCCCCGCCGGCAGGGAAAGAAGCAAAGGCCUACAGACGGUAGCUUGUCGGACGUAGGUGUCCCUACAGAAUAUCAGCGUCACACAUCCCCAAGCACUGCCCCCAUGGCAAAGAACAGCAACAAAGGCCAGCCGGCCAGGAAGACCUCGAAGGCAAACAAAAAUCCACAGUCAGAAAGCGCGACAUCCGCUGCUGGGAAGCAAAACAAUAGUCGCAGUUCGCAGGACAAGACAAGAGCGACGCCGGUGAAGCCCGCCGCUUACGCAGGUGCUACUUUUCAACAAUCACCAGCAGCCUCCGAUCUUCCUUUACCCAGUUUCUACUCCAAAUCAUUGCCUGCCACAAGCCGGUUGUCAUCUGAGAUCAUAAACUCUGGACCCGUUGAUGCACAAGCCUCGUCGGUUGCCACAACUGAUCAAUCCCCAAGCAAGGGCGAGUCUACACCUUGCGAUUUUCUCUUCCAGGCAGCUCGACAGGCGAGAGCAACCCCCCGACAGGCCAGCCCUGUUGUUCGCUCUGGCAACCUAUCCGUUCCCAACGGCAGCCCCGCUUCAAGGUCCCCUGCUCCGCGCGAUGGUGAUGCCAUGUUCCCAUUUGAGUUGGAAGGAGGGGCAACUCCUGGAGAAGAUGGGUCUCCUUUUGCUACACCAUACAAAGACCGCAUGGAAGCCUUGCGGACGACCAAGUCCACCGCGUCGGGAAGCAAAAGCAUGGAUGAAAAUGAACGCAGAGCCAAAAGUGACGCAUUGAAGCAACUCCUCAUGCAAUCCAGCGGGCAAGGUAGGCCAACAGGCCCGGACCCGGGCUUCGACUUGAAUAAUCCUUUCAACGCAAGAGCACCUUAUCAGCAACCAACUUCUUACCCUCAAGGACCAACUCUCGCACAUCGCAUGUCCGCGCCUGCUCCUUCUCCAUACAUGCAACAGCGGUCGGUUUACACUUCCCAAACACAACCUCAACAGGGAUUCCAGUAUGCUCCUGUGCAUCCUCAGACCCAGAAGCGGCCGACAUCUUCUCGCUUGAGGAAUGUCUAUGGCGCGCAGAACGAACUGGAAUACGCCGAGUUGUCCUCCGACAGUGCGGUAACACCACCUAUAGCAUCUGCAGGAGGCCACCCGCAACUCCCGAAAUCACAAUAUACCUCGGACACAUUGGAACAACCAUAUCCGAACCAACCACAAAUUCCCGGUCACCGCACGAAGCCUAGCGCACAGCAAUUGGAGGAUGAUUUGCGCCGAGUUUUGAAGCUAGAUCUAACGUCUAGAGGAUGAGACACGAAACAUUGCACAUUGGGGGGAUUACUAGGAUUGCUUUGCGAAUAUCGCUUGCUACACGCCGUUCUGUGAACGCCGUGUGACGGGCGAAUGUACGAAGAGAAUUAUGUGUAGGAUGUUCCACUUUGGCAUUUUCGGGCAGCACAGACGGUACAUUCUCUGGAGGCGGAUUUCCUAUUUGUUUGGAAGUCGGAGAUAUUCUGCUGGGCAGCUGCACACUGUUUGAGUUUUAUUUUGGCGCAACGAUGGACGGCUCGUCUGCCGCGCAUCUUAGCAAUGUCAUACAUAUUCUUUGGCCAGACUCCCGAAUCGUCCCAGACCACACUUUUAAAUCUAUUACGCCAUACUAGUAUCCAGG